AGAUAAAUUAGAUAAUAAUCUCUAAGUCGGUUUUGGGUGUGUUAACGAUUAUAGAUUCAAUAUGUUAAAUUUGAACGAAAAUGAAGGUUCAUCAACCUCAAUAUCAAAUUUCAUCACCACAACAUAUGAUAUGGUCGAUGAUCUUUCAUCAGAUUCAAUAAUUUCUUGGAGCCAGAGCGGCAAGAGUUUCAUUAUUUGGAAUCCAGAAGAAUUUUACAACAAUUUCCUUCAAAGAUUCUGUUUCCAAGGCGACAAUAUAAAUUCCUUUUUCUCUUACCUUAAUUCACAUGGUUUUAGAAAAAUCGACUCUGGAAACUGGGAAUUCGCAAAUGAUAAUUUCGUGCGAGGUCAACCUCACCUCAUAAAUAAUACUAUAAGUUGUGUAAUAGAGGGGAGGGUUCUAUAUGAUCAAAGUAUGGAUAUGUUUAAGGUGAGAAAAUUAUUUGAGCGGCAAGUAAAAGAAGUAGAGGAUCAAUUGCCACCUCAUAACAGUUAUCCAACCUCAAAACGUCCUUUUCCCACCAAACUCUAUGAGAUGGUGGACGAUCCUUCAUCGGAUGCUAUUAUUUCAUGGAGCCAGAGUGGCAGGAGUUUCAUCAUUUGGAAUCCAAAGGAAUUUUGCAAAGAUCUUCUUCGUAGAUUCUCCAAUACCCUCCAUAUACCUUUAUUCUUCCAUAAACUUCAAAGAUUUAGUUUCAAAAAAAUUGAUCCAAAGAAAUGGGAAUUCGCAAAUGAUAAUUUUGUUCGGGGUCAAUGUCACCUUGUGGAAAUCAUUAUAAGCAAUGAAAAAGAGAAGAUUGAUCAACUACUUAAAAGAUAUGACAGACAGAAAAAACUGGGGGAGGCAAGAGAAUUGUUUAAGUUGCAAAUUGAGGAAAUGAAGAAGACCAAGGAAGUAAAGGAACAAGAGGUUCGACUACAACAUCAUAUAGGACUUUGCAAAUUAUGAUUUUGUUUGAGGUCAAUCUCAUUUUAUGAAACAAUAUCCAUAAGGUCUAGCUGUCAUUACCAUUAAAGUUUUUAUUUAAUUUAUUAGUAUUCUUUUGAGAUUAUGUUCUUUGUUUUCGUUU